AUGCAAUAAAACAAAAGAGAUAUUAAUAUUUAAGAAUUAUUAGGUGGAGGUAUUGGAGUUCCAAAAAGUUAGCAAAUUAUUUUGGUAGUAUUGGAAACACAUUUAUAUGGAGAUGAAUUUAUGGCUUUUGGUGCUGUUUUUCAUGCUUCUGCUAAUCUAAUUCAUUUAUUCAUAGUUAGAACAAUUUUAUUGACACAUGGUUGUGGCUUCAAAAGUUCAAUUGAGGUAAAUGAAGUUAAUGAAGAUGAUUGUCAUAAAGAAUUCUUAUUAUUUGAAUACAAAUAGAAAUUUGAAAGUACUAGUCAAAUGGAAUUCUCAUAUGAUAAACAUUUUAAAUUGGAUAUUUUGUUAAAAAGAUGAAUAGAAAUCUCAACUAAUUUCAUAUUUCUUAAAAAAAUUAUAUUACAAAUGCUACAGGACUUAAUUUCAAUAAACCAGAAUUUCUCUUACAUUCAUUCCAAUUUCAUCUGGAUUUAUUAAACAAGAAAGUGCUGAAAUGAAAGUUGAAGAAAUUAACUCAUGAAGUUAAACCUAAUAUUACAUUAACUAAUAUUGCCUCAUAAGCAAAACUUGAACUGAAGAAAGGUGAUAUAUAUGAAGAAUAAGUUUUAUAAGCUGAAACUACUUAAAAGAUGAAGAACAAAAAUUUUUUAAAUAACAAAUUAAAAAUACCUUCCUAAUUAAUUAUACUAUUACGCAUCAUGUUAUAUUAGGUUUGA